GGAAACGGGGUCACUUCCGAUUGUCGCCUCAACGGGCCUCCGAAGGGGACUCCUCGGGUGAGAAGCCGAGCCCCGAAGGCGAUGGCGGACGCCCCGGCCGCCCCGGUCUGCACCUUCCUCUUCAAGAAGCCCGGGCGGAAGGGCCCCGCGGGCCGCAGGAAGCGCCGAGCCCCCGACGACGACGACCAGGACGACCACCAGGACGAGGAGGAGGAGGAGGAGGAGGAGGGGAGCGCCGUGGUCCGGCGGCAGAAGCGCCCGGCGGGGCCCAACCCCAUGAUCCAGCGCACCCGGGCGAGGGCCUGGGCCGCCGCGGGCCGCCGUCACCACGACGACGACGACGACGACGAGGAGGAGGAGGAGGAGCCGCCGCCAUCGGCGGGGCUGGGGGUGUCGUACCGCUCCACCCGGUCCGCCAAGCCCGCGGGCCCCGAGGACAUGGGGGCCACGGCCCGCUACGAGCUGGACACGGACAAGGAGCGCGACGCGCGGGCCGUCUUCGAGCGCGGCCAGCGGAUCCGGGAGGAGCUGCGCGGCAAGGAGCCCGACGGCAUCUACCGCGGCCUCAACGGCUACCCGCGCUUCGUCCCGCCCAAGGACACGUCCGCGGGCAACGCCGCCUCCGGCAUGGGGCGCAAGGGCCCCAUCCGCGCCCCGGACCACCUGCGGGCCACCGUCCGCUGGGACUACCAGCCCGACAUCUGCAAGGACUACAAGGAGACCGGCUUCUGCGGCUUCGGCGACAGCUGCAAGUUCCUGCACGACCGCUCCGACUACAAGCACGGGUGGCAGAUCGAGCGCGAGCUGGACGAGGGCCGCUACGGCCUCGACGACGACCGGGACUACCGCGUGCCCAGCGACGACGACGACGACGACGGCGACGACGGCGACGACCGCCUGCCCUUCAAGUGCUUCAUCUGCCGCCGGCCCUUCCGUGACCCCGUGGUCACCAAGUGCCGCCACUACUUCUGCGAGGCCUGCGCCUUGGGCCACUACCGCGCCUCCCAGCGCUGCUACGUCUGCGACCGGCAGACCAACGGCGUCUUCAACCCGGCCAAGGAGCUGAUCGCCAAGCUGGAGAAGCGCCGGGCCCGGGGGGAGCCGGGCCCCUCGGACGGCCCCGCCGGGGGGCCCCCCGGACCCUUCGCUUGAGACCCUCUUUUCCCCCUUCGCCGAUGAAACCGUUUUCGGAAAACCGCCUCGGGUUUCCGAUCUGAGGGACGGGGCCCAGGCCCUUCGCUUGAGAGCCCUUGUUUCCCCUUCGCCGAUAAACCCGUUUUCGGAAAACCACCUCGGGUUUCCGAUCCGAGCGACGGGGCCCUCGGACGGCCCCGGCGAGGGGUCCGGACCCUUUGCUUGAGACCCUUUUUUUACCCCUUCACCAAUAAACCCGUUUUCGGAAAACCGCCUCAGGUUUCCGAUCCGAGGGAUGGGGCCCUGGGGAGCCAGGGCCCUCAGACAGCCCUAGCUAAGGGCCCGGACCCUUAACUUGAGAGCCUUUUUUUUCCCAUUCGCCAAUAAACCUGUUUUCGGAAAACCGCCUCGGGUUUCCGAUCCAAGGGACAGGGCCCUCGGACGGCCCCGGCCGGGGGUCCGGACCCUUCACUUGAGACCCUUGUUUUCCCAUUCGCCGAUAAACCCGUUUUCAGAAAACUGCCUCGGGUUUCCGAUCCGAGUGACGGGGCCCUUGGACGGCCCCGGUGGGGGACCCGAAUCCUUCGCUUGAGAGCCCUUGUUUCCCCUUCGCCAAUAAACCCGUUUCCGGAAAACCGCCUCGGGUUUCCAAUCCGAGGGACGGGGCCCGUGGGAGCCGGGGCCCUCAGACGGCCCCGGCGGGGGGCCCGGACCCUUCACUUGAGAGCCUUUUUUUCCCGUUAGCCAAUAAACCCAUUUUCGGGAAACCGCCCCGGGUUUCCAAUCCAAGGAACUCACCCUGGGAACUCAGAGCCCGGGCGGGAUGCGGCGCCCUAAACUAUGGCCUCGAAGGUGUUAGAACCGCCGGCCAGGGGUGAUGAAGAGGCAGCCCCCCCCGUCUGCGGCUCCUGAGGAAGAGGGAAAGGAGCCAAAGCUGCCGGUGCUUUGGGGUGGGGGCCGCGUGAAGGAAUCCACACCAGAAUGGCUGGCUUCACCUCAGCCGGUGGGGUGCUCGCACCGUAUGGCGGCGUUUAGCGGUGCUGAAGCAGACUAAAGUCCCCCGGGGUGUAUGUACGUGGCCCCCUUCUCGGCCCAUCGUUCCGAGUCAGAAAGCCAGCCCUUCUCCGGUAAAAGGAAGCGCCGAAGCAUCGAGUGCUUCUUGGUCAUCGCGGCUUAACUGGCAGCUUUGACUCCCCAAUCCACCAGACCAUCCCAAUCCUAUUAUUACGUUACGUCCCCUUCGGUAGUUGCGGGUGGACUCCGAAGAAGGGCAGAUUGCCCGUUUACAGAUAAGAAAAGCGUAAGCGGGAGAAUCGGACAGGAUGAACCGGCACGGGGACUAGGGCAGGUCUGGAAAAAUCGAACCGUAAGGGCUAGCCUGCCGUUUUUAAGGGUUACCGUCCUACGAGGUGAAAUGGUGAAUACUCGGGCCGCAGCUAUAAAACUCUCAAAGUACUAGCAGAAACGGAUGCGUUCUCCCAUUGAGAGUGACGGACGAACCUCAGUCCCGAAGUUUGGGGACCGAACCUACCCGAAGGGAUCGGUUUAUAGGGACGGUGGUUUGUGCAGCCUACUUGCACUCUCUCGUCCCUGCCAGUCGUGUUCCCGCUGGGGCAUGGAAUGCAUUGAGCGAGUCAACAGGUAGGCAAGGGUGCAGCGUAUUUUGCAGUGCUUGGAGAGGUAUUAGAUGUAGGACCCAUUUACAGCUAACGUGAUCGCUGUGUGAGAAUGUCAUUUAUCGAAGACUGCCGAGUGUGGGAGUAGAUAUAAGGUGAUGAGAGGAUCCAGCCUCUGACCCAGACAGGGCUCACAAUCUCAUCCUCAGUAUUACAGAUGAGGAAAGAAGAGCCCAGAGAGGUUCAGUGACUUGCCCAAGGUUUUAAACAGGAGCUCAUUGGUGGAGCCGGGACUCUAACCUGCAUCUCCUGACUCGCUAGUGCUUUGCUCUUUCCACUGAGCUACCCUAGAGCAUCAUAACUGAGCAGACAGUCUCCUUAAGCAGCUGCUGUGCUCUUUGGUACCCGUAUUAGCCAGCUUUUUUUGGGGGGGGAGAUUCCUAACUGAAACCAACAGUCCUUGGCCCAGCUUACAAUUAUAAUGUACUUCUCAUUCUGUAGCCUUUUCUGUCUUUCCUUCUGUUUCCUCUCUUUCACCGUGGCUCAGUGGAAACAGCACGGGCUUUGGAG